AUGGCGACGGAGGAAGCCCCCCCUCGCGCUUCCUCGGGGGGAAAUCGAAAGUACAGGAAGGAGAAACCCUGGGACAACGAAAACAUAGACCACUGGAAAGUAGAAAAGUUCACGAGGGAGGACAACAAGCACCACUUCCUAGAGGAGUCGAGCUUCAAAGUGCUCUUCCCAAAGUACAGGGAAAAGUACCUGCAGCAGUUCAGCACUGAUAUAAAAAAUGUAUUAAACAAUCACUUUAUAAAAUUUGAAAUGAAUUUAAUAGAAGGAUACAUGUGUGUGAAGACGACCAAGAAAACGUUUGACCCGUAUAUCAUAAUAAAGGCGAGGGACAUGAUCUCCCUUCUUUCGAGGAGUGUCCCCUUCACUCAUGCCAAGCGAGUGCUGGAAGACGAAACGUUCUGUGACAUUAUAAAAAUUAGCACCUACGUAAGGAACAGAAAUAAGUUUAUCAAACGAAGGCAGAGGCUGCUAGGCAGUAAUGGCACCACCUUAAAGGCCCUGGAAAUUCUAACCAGCUGCUACAUCUGCGUGCACGGGAAAACCGUGAGCGUCAUUGGGUUCUUCAAGGCGCUGAAGGUGGUGAGGAGGAUCAUCAUCGACUGCAUGAAGAACAUCCACCCGGUUUAUCACAUUAAAGAGUUAAUCGCCAAGAGGGAACUCCAAAAGAAUGAAGAAUUUAAAAACGAAAACUGGGAGAAGUACCUCCCCAAUUUUAAGAAGCGAAAUGCACAGAGGAGGAAAAUUAAACAAAAGCUGGAAAAGAAGAAGGGCGCCAAGAAGGAGGAGAAGUCCGUGUUCCCCCCCGACCAGCUGCCCCGAAAAAUUGACAUCCAGAUGGAGACGGGUGAGUACUUCAUGCGCCGCAGCAGCGGGGGAGUGAAAGGGAAGGAAGUAGCAGGUGAAUGA